GCCCUCACUUCCUGGCACUCCCCCUCCCCCUUCGCCGUUACCCUGAACAUCCGGGUCUCUUGCCCUCCCCGCUCCAAGCCGCCGUCGCCGCCGUCUCCUGGCUCUUCGCGACUCCGCCAGAGGGGCAGGUGCGGAGGGGCUCCCGGUCCGGCCGCCGCCGCCCGCCCCGGGCCCGGGGCUCCCCCUAGCGCCGUGAGGAGCCGCCGGCGGCUGAGAGGAGCGCGGCGGAGUGCCCGAUCGAUCUCGCGGCGGAUAGAAGGACAAGGACAGAAUCACCAGCACUGGCUGAAGGUUUGCUGGCAUGGGUAAUCUCAUUAAGGUGCUAACCAGGGACAUAGACCACAAUGCAGCACAUUUUUUCUUGGACUUUGAAAGUACCUUAACAUGGGGAAUCUUCUUAAAGUUUUGACAUGCACAGACCUUGAGCAGGGGCCAAAUUUUUUCCUUGAUUUUGAAAAUGCCCAGCCCACAGAGUCUGAAAAGGAAAUAUAUAAUCAGGUGAAUGUAGUAUUAAAAGAUGCAGAAGGCAUCUUGGAGGACUUGCAGUCAUACAGAGGAGCUGGCCACGAAAUACGAGAGGCAAUCCAGCAUCCAGCAGAUGAAAAGUUGCAAGAGAAGGCGUGGGGUGCUGUUGUGCCAUUAGUAGGCAAAUUAAAGAAAUUUUAUGAAUUUUCUCAGAGGCUAGAAGCAGCAUUAAGAGGCCUCCUGGGAGCCUUGACUAGUACGCCAUACUCCCCCACCCAGCAUCUAGAGCGAGAGCAGGCUCUUGCUAAACAGUUUGCAGAGAUUCUUCACUUCACACUCCGGUUUGAUGAACUCAAGAUGACAAAUCCUGCCAUACAGAAUGACUUCAGCUACUAUAGAAGAACGUUGAGUCGAAUGAGAAUUAAUAAUGUCCCGGCAGAAGGAGAAAAUGAAGUAAAUAAUGAAUUGGCAAAUCGAAUGUCUUUGUUUUAUGCUGAGGCCACGCCAAUGCUGAAAACCUUAAGUGAUGCAACAACAAAAUUUGUAUCAGAGAAUAAAAAUUUACCAAUAGAAAAUACCACAGAUUGUCUAAGCACCAUGGCAAGUGUAUGCAGAGUCAUGCUGGAGACACCGGAAUACAGAAGCAGAUUUACCAAUGAAGAGACAGUAUCAUUCUGCUUGAGGGUAAUGGUGGGUGUCAUAAUACUCUAUGACCACGUUCAUCCAGUGGGAGCAUUUGCCAAAACUUCCAAAAUUGAUAUGAAAGGUUGUAUCAAAGUUCUUAAGGACCAACCUCCUAAUAGUGUAGAAGGUCUUCUCAAUGCUCUCAGGUACACAACGAAACAUUUGAAUGAUGAGACUACCUCCAAGCAGAUUAGGUCCAUGCUGCAGUGAGAGCUGUGGAGCGAGCCCUGCUGCAGAUGGAGCAGUCUUCUUCAGUGACUGAGAAUGCAGUCUCUAGUGAUUGCCAUUAAAUCUCCUCACUCUCGCUUCGGUUUCUUUCCUCUGUUCCUCUUCCCACUUUUUUAAUCAUGUUCUUGUUCUUAAGACUUCUUUUCUGUGCCAAAAUCAGUAAAGUUAUACUUUGAAAGGGAUUUUGUCCUUUCAAAACAGGCCAUCUAAGGCAGCUAAUUAUGCAUUGCAUUGAGGUCUCUACUGAGAAAAGUUCUGUGACUUGAACUAAAUAUUUUUAAAUGUGGAUUUUUUUUGAAAACUAAUAUUUAAUAUUGCUUCUCCUGCAUGGCAAAACUGCCUAUUCUGCUAUUUAAAACCCUCAUGAAUUUAUUUUCUACUGCCGCUUUUUCAUGUCCAGCCAAAAUGUUUAAAUUAACUGUGUUGUACAAAUGGUACCCAACACAAACCUUUUUUAAAUUAGUAAGACUUUUGUUGAAAGUUUUAAGUUUGCAUUUUGACUUUUUUUUUUGUAAGGAUGUAUGUUGUGUGUUUAACCUUUAUUAACUAACUUUAAAAACUGUGAUGUGUGCGUAGAACAUUACGUAUGCAUGUUCAUGUUUAAGAAUGGCUGUUGAUAAAAUAAAAAUCAGCUUCCUUUUUCUAAGUGUGGCUUGAUUUACUGAGAUGUCUGGAAGUUCUCCCUGUAUAAAUUUCUGUGGAAUGCAUAGACACAUUACAUAAUUUUUCUUUCUCUUAGGGGAUAGCUAUGUCUUUUUCAGUUGUAUCUUUCUUUACUUUUGUCUAUGUACAUAACUUUAACUGCUUUUAGAACUGUUGUAUAUAAGAUGACCAGUGAUUGUGUCAUUAACUUGACUUCUGUUUUUGAUUUAACCUUGUGUGAGUGUAGUCGUAGAAGGAAAACCACACUUUCUCAGCUCUCAGUUUCAAGAGUGGAAGGGCAGCAGCAGGAAGCACAGGGUGUUUCAGAAGCAGGAUGAGCCUUGACAUUGGAGGACAGUGAGCAAUAAGAAUACUUCCCAGAGGAAACGAAAGACUCCAUCUCACUAGGGCUAGAAAGCUACUGUGGGUUUCAGUUUAAAACCCUAACACCCAAGUUGUCAAAUCUAUCGUGCUUGAGAGAGAGGCUGCCAGAAGGUUGUCUGAUUGUCCUGUCAGGGCUUUAUGACAGGGUGGCGUGAGGUGUGGUACAGUUAAAGUGGUUGACCACGGAAGAGGAUCACAGGCUUCCCUUGGGGUCUCCGUCAGAGCACACAGCACUUGUUGAUAAAGUUCCUGUUGACUUCUCUGGCUUCCGGCUCACUCCUGUCCCUCUUCGUACCCUGUUCUCCAGCCAAGCGUAACUACUUGCUGUUUACAGAUUGUUCCAUGUGGUGUUGCUUCGUGACUCUGAUCUGGCACAACCUGAAUCUGAUCUCCCUUUUCUUCCUCAUGACUGUAACCAACACCAGCUUUCAUCUUUUAGAAAUCAGCUUCUUUUACUUCCUCCUGAAAAUCGUUUGGAUGAUCCUGGCCAUGUUUUCUAGGAGUCCUUUAACAGUAUUAUAAUGGGUUUAAUAGUGCACUUUGCAAAAGGUAACGUCUGUCAGGAACCUGAACAUAUGGCUUUACUUGGAAGAGGGGCAUUUUCAGGUGAAUGUUAAGGACCUGUGGAUGACGUCAGCCUACAUUAAGGUAGACCCUAACUCCAUUGACAAGCCCUUGUAAGAGAAAAGAAGGGGAGACAAGACACAGUGGAACUCCUGGGAGGAGUGAGGCAAAGGCGAACAGACAUCAUGCCUUGAAAUUCUGAGCUACAGAAGCUAGAACAACAUCAUGGAACAGUUUUCAUCAGAGCCUCCAGGAGGAACCCAACCCUGUUGGCUGUUUUUAUUUCAGACUUCUAUCUUCUAUCAUGGUGAAAAAAUAAAUUUCUAUUCUAAGCCACGUAGUUUGUGGUAAUUUGUUAUAGUCAACGAAAGCACUGAAUACAACUCUUAUCACAAAAACAACUCUAGUACUUCACGCUUUGGGAUCUUUUUACUCUUGAGAAAUUAUAGUAUUAAGGUGCUGUGAAGACUGAGAACGUGAGAGAAGAGCCAUGUCAUAUUCCUCCAGUGUCCCAAGGAAGGAUCUUGCACAGUACCUAAAUAUGGAUAGCUACCAAGUUAGUGCUUGAAUGAAGUGAAUGAGUACAAAUAAAUGAAAUAAAUGUAGUGAUACUUCUGUGGCCUUUCCAGGUAACAUGGUUCACGCCCUGCAUGUUGAAGAUUAAGUGGGCUAAAAAACUUUUAACUUUAGCCCUGGGGUCAGUAGCCCAGGCUCUGGGCCAAUCCACCUUCUUCUGUACCUAUACAGCCUGUGAAUUAAAGAAUGAUUUUUAAAAGGUUGGGAAUAAAGGAUAACAAAUGUUUUUUUAAAAGUUGAAAAAAUAUUUUGUAGCAUGAGAAAGUAUAUGAAAUUCAAACUCCAGUGUUCAUAAAUAAAAUUUUAUUGAACAUA